AUCGACGGACCGAAUGGAACGGCGCGCGGAGCCGAGCAGAGCUCUUGGGCCGAGCUCCAGAUGUCAUCGUUAAAGGCGCGGCCGCCUUCGUCGCGCGUGUCUGCCGUCGCGCGGAGGUCAGCGCUCAGCGCGAUGCACACCGGGCGGAACCUACUACAGCCCCGCAACAAUGGGGAGGCAGAGAGGAGGGCGACGAUGCACCAGAGGAGGCGCCUGAGGGCGACGUGCACAGUGCGCGCAGGCGGGUGACGCGGAUGUGGGUGAUGCGGAGGGAACAGAGGAGGGCGAUGCAGGUGGUGGGCAGCGCAGAGAUGGGCAAGGCAGAGGUGGGAAACACGAAAGAAGAGGCCGCGAAGGAGGAGAAGGGCGACGCGGGCGGAGGCGGAGGCGGUGGAGGGCGACACGGAGGGCUCGCGGGAGCUACAGUGGUGAUUCGCCAGGUGCGGAUGUAUCUGGUGCCGGCCGGCCCGGUCGCGCUCGACACCGCCUUCCCCAAGCGCGCUCGCGCACCGACGCUGUCCCGAGAUGUCCGGACACCAGCGUCUCAGGCGCUGCCACCUGAGCUCGCUGUCUCCGACAUAAGCUACUACAUAGGCAGAGGCAGGGAUGAGACAGAGGGUUGGGACAAGGCGGAGGAGGAGGAGGGCGACGUGGACGAUGUGAAUGCGGGAGACGCGGAGGCGGGCGACACAAAGGCAAGCGAGGCGGAGGUGAGGGACGUGAAGGCGACGGGGAGGGCUCGCGGGGGGACGUGGAGGGCCCGGACGAGGCGGAGCAGGUGGUGGGCGACGCGCGUGGAGGAGGUGGGCCGCGUGGAGGCGGGCGAGACGCAGCAGGACGAGGAGGAGGAGGGCGACAUGGAGGUGAGGGAGGCGGAGGAGGCGCGAAGGCGGGCGGAAAGCAGCGCGGGGGUGGGCAACGGGGAGGAAGGCAGUGGUGAGGUGGACGCGGGGGUCAAGGCCGGCGGCAGGCCGGAUGGGCGAAGCUGGAGAGGAGGGGUGGGCAUUGGGAGUGCAGGAGAGCGGAGUGGGGGACUCACCAAAAUGAGGGCCGCGGCGCGGGACACUGAGGGAGACGAUGCGGAGGGCGGCACGGACGCGGAGGAGCGCGACAUGGAGAAGCGCGACACGGAGGAGCCGACAAGGAGGAGCGUGGGCGACGCGGGCGCGGAGGACGCGGAUAUGGAGGACGCGGGUGUAAAGGAGGACGCGGGUGCGGAGCAGCUAAAGGGCGACGCGGCGAGGCAGAGGCGGGCAGGCGCGAAUUCAGGAGGCGGGCGAGGGGGGGGCGGGCGCGGAGGAGGGAGUCGAGGCAGGGUGGUAUACAGGUCGGAUGGGUGA